CAUGGCCUCUGCCCUGCCCGACAAGGAGGAGGCUGCCCAGAGCUCCCCAGAGGUGGAGCAGGAGGCUGCAGUGAAGGAGGUGGCCAGUCUGAGCCUGGUGAGCUCUGCCUGUGACGUGGUUCCUGCAGCUUAUGCUUCCACCAAGGGGAGCCAGCCCUGCCUGAGGUCUGUGUGUGAUGCUGCAGAGAAGGGAGUGCAGCGUGUGACCGAGGCCACGGCCAGCUGUGUGCUGGCCACCCUGGAGCCCCACGUUGCUGCAGUGAGUGAGUAUGCUGCCAAGGGUUUGGAUAAACUGGGGGAGAAGCUGCCACUCCUUCCAAAGCCAGUGCAACAGAUUCUCUCUGGCACAAAGGAGCUGCUGUCAUCCAGGGUGGCUGAGGUGAAGGAGGCUGUGAGCAGCAGAGCGCUGGAGGUGCUGGAUGUCACCGGGGAGACUCUGCAGGGCAGCGAGGGGGGGGCUGCCACACCUGCAGUGACCAGUGCUGCUGGGCUGGGGCCUGCAGUGGGACAGAUGGGUGCCUGUGGAGCAGAGGCUGUGCUGGGGACAGCAGGUGACUCUUUCUCCAUUGGGAAUGGGCAGCUAGGUAAGGAAAGGGUGUGUGAGGAGGGCACAGAUGUGCUGCCCCUGCAGCAGCACAGGAGGUACUUUGUGCACCUGGGCUCUCUCUCAGAGGACCCACACCUCUUUGCCCACCUGCAUGCCACAGCCAGGAUCAAGCAGGUCUGGCAGGGCAUGCAGGGGUCCCUGACACAGCUCCACUGCAUCCUCCAGCUGGUUGAGGUGUUUAAGCAAGGAUUUACUCAAAAGCUUCAGGAGGGGCAGGAGAAACUCCAGCAGAUGUGGCUGGACUGGAGUUGGAAGUAUCGCAAAGCGAGUGGAGAUGAAAGCCCUGCAGAGCCAGAGGAGAUGGAGAGUCUGACGCUGCUGCUGGCCUGCAGGCUGACCCAGCAGCUGCAGCUCACCUGCUGGGGGGUGCUGCAGGCUCUGCAGGGCAUUCCCUGCAGCCUGCAGGACAGGCUGCAACAGGCUCUGUGUGCCGCCAAGGAGCUGCACGCUGCUUUUGCAGGGGCGGACUCCUUCCAGGAUUUGUCCAGCAGUGUCCUGACCCGGAGCCAGAGGGAGCUGGCUGUGAUCCAGGAGUGCAUGGAGGAGCUGCUGGGUUACCUGAAGAACAACACUCCUCUGUCCUAGCUGGUGGGGCCCUUCUUCCCCAGGGAGGAGGAUCAAUCCUGCCGGGAGGAGGCAGGGGCAGCAGGAACUGGGCACCUGGAAACCUCCAGCACCCCCAUGUAAAGGAUAAAACAAUAAUUGCUGUUGGCAUUAAACCCUCAGUAGGUGGAAAGUGUAAAGAAUUGUCCUAAAAGCUGCUUGUACUGGGUGAUAACUACUUAAAAUAAA